AUAGUGCAAUCUCUUCGCCUUUAUCCAGUGUGCAUAUCUUGCAGCACAACGCUGGCGGGUAUAGUGCGGGCUUUUCUUCCUACCCGCUUCUUAAGCACAGAAAGGUGCGAUGCGAUUCUGAUCUAAACUCUUGUGCCUGCCAGGCUCCUCGAUCACUGUCGCUGUGCUUCCUCUUGACCACAUCCCUUGAUGAUGAUAGAGAACCCCGGCUGUUCAUAUGCUGCUUCAGCUGCGCCGUCUCGCUUGGCUGUCGAUGCUGUCAUUCCACCCUGGAAACUCCACACAGCAGAUGACGUUGACGAUCCAAGCUCCAUCACGGUUGAUGAAGCCGAGGAGCAACUCCGAAAAACAACCUGCGAUCUGGUGAAGGCCGAUGCUUGUUCUCCUUAGAUCUCGUCGACCAUUGUAAUUCCUAAACCAUUAUUUUCAUUUUGGCUGGGUUGUGGCACGAGAUAUGUCGUGUUCCCCGAUCGCUGUAGGCCCUACUGCCUGCGACGGCUUGGGGCUUCGGACCGUUGACUGCUGCGGCUCAUCAGUGUUUACGGCUUGUUAAAAAGAGGACGAAUAGGCUGUCCGGAGUGCUUGCAAUGCCGCUUGCAAUGCCAAAAUGGCACUGCUGGACGGAGUACGACAAACUCUUUGGUUGCUCUGGACACCAUAUGCAGGAACAUGAAAUGAUAAAUGGUUGUGAUGUGGUGGGAUCGGCCAGCUGCAGGAUCAUGCAGGUACAGGUAGGAAGGUAUUGAAGGCGUAUGUAAACAAGCAAGUUCUGCAUUUGCCUGCAACGAUCUGUUUCACUGGUGUCUGUCACGUUCUUCAACUGAUGGCGGCCCCUCUACACUGAUCUAUUCACUUCUGUUCAACUUGCAUGCUCGGCUGUUCAAGUUUCUUUGGGCUCGGAGAAGACAAGAGGAAGCUGCGCAGAUGGCAACUCCUCGUUCUUGCACCAACCUCAAGCAGGUGCUGCCGUCAUCCAGCAUCACCGGCUCCGGCGACACUGCUAUCUUUUCAUCUUUGGCCUCCCUCUGCCAUUCUGUCGUUCGCACUGCACUCCAGGGGUUCCAGGGCUACUCUAUCGUUUGUGCGGUGCUCGUCUCCAUUGCUGUAAAGACAUGGGGAUGCCAGUUUUCAUUUUUCUCCGCCUCUAGCAUUCAUACCAUAUGUUCGUCCGUCAGCAUGGCUGCCCUGUUUCCGGACGGAGUCUUCUUUGUGGAGUGGCCAACAUGGGCUCGACUGGCUAUUAUUUUAGGUGGUUUGCUUGUACGUCCGUCCGGGAACAUGUCAAAAAACAUGCCUGACCCUCCCAGACACUAGUCUUAAUCACUGGAUUUUGCGUCAAACUAUGGAAUUUGAGGAAGAACUCCCGGCUAGAAAGACUGGCCGCUGAAGAACAAGCUGAAAGAGGACAAGCCACAUUGAUGUGCCGCUCAAGCGAUGAGAUUCCCUUUGGCAUCCGCGCUUUGCUGGACGAUUCAGAAGUCGAAGGAGUUUGGAAUUCUCGUAAUACCACUCCUCUACAAUGCGAUACGCCCGCGCAUGACCGACCAGUUGCUCUGCUGCAACCAGCAGCUAGCCCUCAAAGAGAGACCUCUACUUCUUCCACCUACCUGUACGACCCCGCGGACAUAGGGCUAUCAGCCCCUAAUGACCGGAACCCUCUCGAGGGAUCCGCAGCUGGCGUCGAUCCACCUCCCGAAACCUCAUCCUUAAGGAAGAAAAAGACUCUUGUCAUCAGCUACAAUGGACCAUACAUGCGGUCAGAGUCUACAAGCGUUGUACCAGGUUACACAGCCGCCGGCUACACCGCUACACAGGCAUCACAGGAUAAAUUCCGCCGCUCGUCAUCAAAACUUCACUUACGCUCGAUCACCAAUCGGCCGGUCUCCGGAGGACGUAAAUUCGUGAUAGGCGGCCGACACAGGAGCUCACCAGGGUAUAAAAGAGCAGAAACACAGUCCGAAGCCAAUCCACUGGAGCGCAUGGAAGCACACCGAAAGUUUCACGCUGCUGAGAGCGGACAACUCUUGCCCAGAGAUCGGAGACAUACGGAUCUGGUCCUCACAACACCCCUUGCACCAUCUCUCUCGGACAGUGACGACGAUGGUUCUAUCUCUUCUCGUGCCUUAUCCUGGCCCUCACGAAUCGGAGACAUGAACCUGCGCGUGCAGCUAUCCCGAAAGGCACAGAAGGUGGAAGGUCCGCGACCUGUCCCUUUUCGUGCCUUUGUGGAAUCAUUGCCCCCCACCAAAGCUCCUCCAUCAGCCUGGACAGAUAAAACCCAAGCGAGACUUGACGCGGCAAUCCCAUCGUCGUCUACAGGGAGUGAUACCAACUCCAAAGCAUCUAUGCACACCCCCAAGUCUUCCAUUAGCUCCAGCGUCACCACUGCACCAACGUCAAUUGCCGAUUCCGUUUCGAUUGCCAGCAUCCGAACUAGCAAGGUCAAUGACGGGUUUGAAGUGUUGCCUGCCGGGACACUGGCUCGCGGACCUAGUGUGAAAGAGUUUGGGUUAUGGCCCGAGAAUGUCAGGGCGCCUACCAAGCCUAAGAAGCUACAAAAGCGUUCUCGCUCGAAUUCUGGGAGCCGUCGGAGUUCAACCGAAAGCCGGAGAUUCAGCGAUGAGAGCUUUCGACUGCCCAUAAUCUGAGCCUUUGCCGGUUGUUUUGACUUUUGGUUGCUGGGCUACAUGAGAUGCUAUUGGAAUACGCUUUGUCAGGCUUUGGAUCCGCCCUGGGAUGAUGACUGCAAGAGCAUGUUGCGCUUUCAGGACGAUAGGGCAGCUGCUGCGAGCCCUUAACGCGACUUUGAUACCCGGUCUUGUCCAUGACCAGCUUUCUAUUGGGAUAACGACUUUCACUUUUGGAGUUCAGGAUGUUUAACAGGCGAGAACAGAGGGAAUGGGUUGUUAGUCAGGGAGUAGUAGCAGGAUUGAGCUCAGCCAGAGGCUCCAUGACAAGUAUUGAUUUAAAGUCUGCCUUUGUAUAUGUUCAGCUUUUGCCCCAUUGUUUCUGCAGCAUUUCAUAACGUCUCAUGUCGUCAAUGCCAACACUUCUCC